CCCAGACGGUCCCUCGCGUGAUGGCCUGCCUGGAUUUGUGCCGCGGCUUCACGCUCUGCGUCGGCUUCAGCUACAAUGGAGUUUCGUGCGAGCUCAGAGACACCGCAUCCAUCCUCACCGCGUCGACAGGUUGGGUCACAUACCUCAUCACUCAACAGCCUGACCUUCCACUCCAGGAUCCCUGUGCCAGUAGCCCGUGCCCUGCCACCAAAGCUUGCAUACGCUACAUGAUCCCAGCCAAGGUGCCGUACCAUCCUGAGUGGGCCCUCAACUUCUCCAUGCCAGGCUACUUCUGCUCCAGUGCUCCACUCUUGCUGGCCCAGCGUGAUCAAGGCAAACGCUGCCAGUUCAUCAUGCACGAGAACGUGAACUUGGCAUACUACGACAUUCGUAUGGUGAAUGCACCCUUCUACGAGGCUUUCGACCUCUGCUCCAACGCCAACUGCACGUCGAUGAUCAUCAUACAUAGGGGGACCACUGGAUUUCCAGAACUGUACUUCAAAAACUCGGCCCCAUUUUUUGGACCUUGGAUCGAUCCUAUGCCAGUGACGAGCGACAUUUUCAUCGGCUGGUUUCCAGAGUGUGCCUGAGUCAAGUACCCUCGAUAUUGUCUGUGGUACCUCUAGUGUAUGUACCCGAACCAGCUAUAUAUCCUCGUGUCUGACCUCGGUACCUCCGCGUGAACCUGAACUGUGCACCCUCUAUUCUGACCUCGAUACACCGUAUGUGCCAGAGCCGUUUAUCCUCGGUUCUGGCUGCGGUUCAUUCUGGUGUACCAGAGUUCUGUACCCCCAAUUUUUCUCAUGGUACCCCCACGUGUACUUGAGCCAAGUGCUAUCGGUGUAACUGAUGGCUUCUUACCUUUAUAUAUGUUUUAGUACUAAGUGUAGUCCAGUUGUCGUGCUCCAUGGGUAAUUUAUUUCCCAGUCCAAACUUACAAGCAAGCUCUGAACAAGUCUUGUAUUUUUAAAACAAUGAAAUAAUUAUUUGAAUGCGAGUUUUCUCAUUUUAGAGAAUAAAUUAACAAGCGGAAAAAAUUUACUAUCAAUAACGUUGUAUUGCUAGAGAGACACGCUUCUAGUCAACCUUUUUCACGCUACACUGAAGCGAACCUGCCUACUUAAUAGGAAGCGCUCUAGCUCUGGCAGCGCUUUUUCACAGCAAGUCGGAACGUUUGCACGUGACAAUUUUGGCAUUGGACUUACUUGACAACUUCAGCCUUUAAUUGAUGUUGGAAAUAGUUCACGCAUUCUACCACGUCCAUUCUACAGACAACUUUUCCGUUUAUUAACCUGCAGAGUGUAGAAAAUAACUUAACCACCAUAGUAUGACAUUUUAUGGUUCACCUGCUCACUAUAUUAAAGUUCAUUAUCCUCACUAU